AAUAGGAAUUAUAUAAACCGAUGGAUGUAAAUAUAUUAUUGGGCAAGUUUUGUAUGGCCCAAAUCCAGUUCAACAGUGCGGUCGUGCUUCCUCUAUCUCCCACGCCGAACAUCAGCUUCUUCCGUUACUGUCAGUUUUUGGUGAUACAGAGCUGUCGCCGCCGUUCACGAUUAGCACUGGCUUGGAAGUUGGAAUGCUCCUUGUGAUACAAUACAUACAUUCACGCUUGGAUAGUUGCUUCUGAUUCUUGAUUGUUUUUGUCCUUUGUAAUUUGUGUUCAAAGCAUCUUAUUGUGGAGGGAUGAGUCUGGAAAAGAAUCCUUGUGUAUUUUUUGAUGUAUCAGUUGAUGGAGAUCCCGUUGAAAGAAUUGUUAUUGAGCUUUUUUCUAGCGUAGUUCCCAAGACAGCCGAGAAUUUCCGGGCCCUGUGUACAGGAGAGAAGGGGAUUGGAGAAUCGACAGGGAAACCUUUGCAUUAUAAAGGAACAGGUUUUCAUCGUAUAAUUAAAGGUUUUAUGGCUCAAGGUGGUGAUUUUUCAAGGGGCAAUGGUACUGGUGGGGAAAGUAUAUAUGGAGGAAAAUUUGCAGAUGAAAAUUUCAAACUUAAACAUGAUGGACCUGGCGUUCUUUCUAUGGCUAAUAGUGGUCCUAACACCAAUGGAUCUCAGUUUUUUAUUAUAUUCAAGCGCCAGCCUCAUCUUGAUGGAAAGCAUGUUGUUUUUGGAAAAGUUACCAAGGGAAUAGAGAUUCUGAAGAAAAUGGAGCAGUUGGGGACGUCAGACGGGAAACCUACCCAGCCAAUUAAAAUUGUUGAUUGUGGCGAAGUCUCUAAAGCAAAAAGCCAGCAUGCUGUUGAGAAGGAGAAAGGGAAAAGGAGAAAGUCAGUGAGAUCCUUAUCAUCUGAUGAUAGCUCUGAUGCUGACAAAAAAAUAAGUAGAAAAAGAAAAAUAUCUUCCAAAGACAGGAGGAAGAGAAGGAGGAGAUACACAUCAUCUGAUAGUGGCAGUGAUAGUUAUUCCUCAGAUUCUGAAUCUGAUUCAUCUUCAGAUUCUGAAUCAGAUUCGGAUUCAUCGUCUUCUGAUUCAAGUUCUUCUAGCUAUGGGAAACACCAGAAGAGGAAGAGAAAUAAACGCAGGCAUGGUAAGAAGAGAAGUAUUGGGCGAAAACAGAAAAGAAGCCAGCACAGUCGUAGAAGAUCAAAACACAAGUCCAAAAGGAGUUCUGAUGGUUCAAGUGAUACAGAAAGUGAGAGUUCUAGUGCUAGUGACAGUAGUUCUGGUGACAGGAAAGCUGAUCGCCGUGUUUCUGGUCGUAAAAUACAAGCCGACAAAGCUAAAAAUAAUCAAGACAUAGGAAAGCCAUCUUCUAGCCUUCCCUUACAAAGUCAAACCAUUCCAGAUCUAGUGGUGGAUCCCAAAGUUAGAAUGCCUGUGGACAAGCAAUCACACGAAGAAGGUGAAUUGUCUCCAGAAAAUGGUGAAUUUCUGAAUAACGGGCGUGAUACUCAAGCUGAAUUUAGUAAACCUGCUAAUCAUCGAGCUUAUUCAGAUGAUUCAGAUCACAAUAGAGAUGUGAGUCCUGGAAGAAGUCCUGCCAAGAGUUCUAGGGAGCUGAACCAAGAACGUGCUCUAUUGGCUAGCCCUGAUAAAAAAUCCUCUGAACUUGCUGCAGCCGCCUCCAAACAUGGCCAGGGCAUUUCGAAAAGCCCUUCGCCAAAUGGUAAGCGUGUUAAAAAAGGACGAGGCUUUACUGAGCGCUAUGCCUUUGUACGCAGAUAUCGUACUCCAUCUCCAGAGCGGUCUCCCCGUGCAUAUCGUUAUGGGGAUAGAAAUGUUAGAAGAAACUUUGAUAGAAAUACAAGUUACAGAAACUAUUCUGAGCGCUCACCACCACGACGUUUUCGAAGCCCACCAAGGGGAAACCGUCCCAGAUAUCAAAGCAGAAGAAGUCAGAGCAGGAGUAUCUCCCGCAGUCCAGUACGAGGCCGUUAUAGAGACAAUGGUCGUGGACGGAGUCCAAAACGCAGUCUUAGCCCGGAAGACAGGCGACCUCCCAUAAGUGACAGAUUAAAAUCUCGACUUGGUGCACGAGGUAAUCAACAAUCUCCAGACAGACAGAAGUCAAAGUCAAAUUCGAGGAGCAAUGGCAUUUCUCGAUCCAGAUCCCCUGACAUUACACCCCCAAAGCGUUAUAAUAAAAAGACUUCCAUAUCUCGUAGCAGGUCUAGAUCAAGUUCUGCAUCAGGACAGAAGGGUUUGGUUUCCUAUGGAGAUGCUAGUCCUGAUUCCGGAGCUAGGUAGGUAUAUGCUGAAUGGAUAGCAGCUCUCAAGUCCAAACAGGAACUGAAGUUUCUGAACAUUCGGAAGCAAGUUUCAGCAAAAUAUAUCGAUAGCAAGUCUCAGCAAAAUACCCCGGAGUUACAGGGUGCUGCUCCACCGCCUUUACAUAUUCUCACGUCUUUAGUUAAGUUCUAAUGUUGAGCAGUUGAAAGUAUUAUGCCUUAGCUAAAAUCAAGCCUUUGUUGGUUUGAGAAAGGUUAUUGGUGCCAAAAACUUGAAUGGAUACAUUUUUUUAAAAUUAGAUCCAGUAGGAAAAGCUAUGUCUAUUUAAGUGAAAAAUAUUCCAUGAAGUAAUUUUGAAAAUGCUAUUUUUCAAAACAA